UAGCUUGACUGUGGACACAAAAAACUGCGAAAUCAAGGAGAGGGACAGCGCCCAGAAUAACUGUAAACCUCUGCAAACUGUGUGGAGCAUCGCGUUGGAAAUGAGACUGCUGACAUAUUCUCCGGGUUGUCGGACGUUAAAACAGAGGACAUGUCCUUCGGUUUGUUAAAGCCACAGUGCUACACUCAACUCUCCAAGCAUGCUACAGUAGUGACAAUCUCUCUCUACUCAGCAGCACUGUUUGAUCCAAGAGAAACGUGCCUUGUAAGGAAGCAGGAUGUUCACAGGCUCCACCAAACUGCCACCUACUAAAACCCCGCAGCCUGAGCGGCUGGAUGAAGUGUACGCUGCCUUACGCAGAGGCUUACAGUCGUACCUGCAGGUCCACCAGCUGGAGCUGGACAGUCUGGGUCAGCAGACCAGAGAGAACAAGAGGAACGGUCGCCUGGGGUCUCUGUAUGAGUUAGAUAAGCAAGUGAAAGCCAUAGAGAGGUUUAUGCGUCGUCUGGAAUUCCAUCUCAGUAAGGUUGAGGAGCUGUACGAUGCGUAUUGUAUACAGCGGCGACUGCGUGAUGGAGCAAGUAAGAUGGUGGCGGCCUUUAACUCCGCCACUGGCAGCAAGGAGGCCAGAGAGAGCCUAAGUGAAGCCAACAAGGGCUACAAAGAGUGCACAGAGCACAUGUGCUCACUUGAGAGUGAAUUAGAAAGCCAGAUGGGAGAAUUUCAUGUCAAGAUGAAGGGCCUCGCUGGCUUUGCACGGCUCUGUGCUGGUGAUCAGUACGAGGUCCUAAUGCGGUAUGGGCGGCAACGCUGGAGGCUACGAGGCCGCGUGGAAGUCAGCAACAAGCAGAUAUGGGACAGUGAAGAGUACAUCUUUCUGCCACUUGUCACAGAGCUGCUGUCAAUCAAGGUGACGGAGCUGAAAAGCCUGGCUAAUCAUGUAGUGGUGGGCAGCGUGUCCUGUGAAAUGCUCGACCUGUUCUGCCCGCUUCCCCAGACGCUUGCUGUGGAUAUCAACGACCUCGGGACAGUGAAGCUGAACUUGGAGGUCACCUGGAGUCCAUUUGAUAAGGAUGACCAGACAUCGUCCACCAGUACAGUUUCCAAACGGCUGCUGUCCAAUCAGAGCCCUCCUGACACGCCCUCUAUGCGGGAGCAGGUGUUUUAUUCUCUGCUGAAGCGUCAAGGAGAAAUGGAGAACGGGACCGUGUGGUCCAACUCCUCCGAGUCCUCCGACGACUCCUCCAGUCCGGCCUUGGCUCACCAUGCUCAGAGGCUGACGGCCUCCAACAUGCUGCAAACCACUCUCACCAAUCAGCUGUCGCUCUCGCAGCACAAGUCCAGCGCAUCAACGCCGUCACUCUCAUCCAACCAGGAGGAGGAUGAGACAGAAGCCGGGGAGGUUUUCUCUCAGUCGGACGCCGUGCCCAACGGCCAUCUGCAGACUUCCUGCUCUCAUACACCAGACUGUACUGUGACUGGCAGAGCGUCUGUCAAAUCAGCCGAGCUCUCCGAAACCUCAGGAGACCUGAGCUGCUCAUGCCCCGAUGUUUCCUCUGUGCCUCCUGUAUCGCUGACAGAGACACAGGACAUAUCUGAAAGUGGCGUCCCACAGGUGUGUAUUUCAGCGGAGGAGGUAAAAGAGGAAGCGUCUGAGGACUCGUCAGUACAGGCUGGACAGACUGAAGUAGAAAUAGAGGACAGCACCACUGAAGCAGCAGAGGGACACCAGGUAGAAGCCACAGAGAAACACAGUCAACCACUUCAGUCCAUCCAGGAGUCAAAACAACCGCAGGACACUCUGACGGCCCCUUUUCCCACUUCUUCUAGUUUCACUUUGGAGGUCGAGACAGCACUUGAAAGUUUUGACUUUCUCAACUGCUCUGACCUUGAUGAAGAUGAGGAGGAAGAGGAACAACAGGAACAACAGGAAGAUGAAGUAAAGAAGAAGGAGGAGGAGGAGGAUGAUGAUGGGCAACAUGAAGAGAACCAAAACAAAGAGGAGGAAGAGACAGUGGCGGAAGAGACAGUGGCGGAAGAGACAGUGGCGGAGGAGAAAGUGGUGGAAGAGAAAGUGGUGGAAGAGAAAGUGGAGGAGGAGAAGGUGGAGGAAGAAGAAAAGGAUGAAGAGAACUUUUACUCUGGAGGAAGUGAUGAUGAGGAGGCAGACGGUCUACAGAUCCUUAUGGAGGCCCCGGAAGGUUUCAGAAACUCAGAUGAAGAUAGAUUCUCUGAAUCUCAGGAGUCCAGCGUGGAGGACGGGCAGGAUGUGUGUCAGAUGGAGCUGGCCGAUGAGAAGGAGGAGCACAGCGAGGAAAAGGGAGACGAACCACAAGGAGAGGACACAUCACAAGCUCAGGAGGAGCGUCCCUCUACUCCCACCCACUUGGCCACUGCUGUCUUCUAAUGAGACCAGGGGCACCGUACUUAAAACCAUUUCUCCCACUCUGCCAUCCACUCAUGCCAUCCCCCUCGUACACCGCGGCAUCGGAGGCCUUGAGGAUGUUCCACUUACUGCUCAGACAAACAAGCUCUCCCAUUAACGGCAGAGUUUGUGCACAUAUUUGCCUUGUUCUGACCAAGAACGAUAAACCUCGAGGUUUCCGCACCUCAGUCGUGACUGAAAGCCCCCCUUCCCUCAUUCUUUCAACACACACUCCACCAUCACGUUGCCUGGGUUUAAGUGGGUCACCACUUAGUUUACACUCUCAUAAACUGUUCCGGUCAUGUGAAAACUCAGUGUCCAAAACAUUUCAGGAACAGCUAAAAGCGGCCUUGUUUUGGCUUUAUUACAGUGCAUUUUUUUUAAGUAAUCUAAUAAUUUUUAAAUGGUUUUAUAAGUUUGAGUUGAUGGAUUUCUUCAGUCUACAGAGAAGCAUACAAUCACUAACUGAGUUCUCAAAACUACCAGUAUUUGUGGAUAUAUAUAUAAAAAAAACUAUCAAGGUUAUGUUUUUCAGUGUUAAAUCAGUGUACAGCCCAGAGCUCUUUUCUUUGUCCGUGAGAGAGGAAAAAAGACUGAGCAUGUGAUGUUUGUCUGAAGAUUUUCAUCGACGUGCUGUGGAUAUGGAGUCAUUCCCAAACCAGGAAUGUACCCUGAAAACCAACAGGAUCUUUUCAUUUUAGGCAUUAGAGACAGUUAAUUACUCAGAAAUACACAUGGAGUGCAGAAGUUACAACUCAACACCAGGAACAUUAGUAUUAUUAGGACUGAGCAAACACUUUAGGAGUCUCGAAUGUCUCCUCAAAGCUCAUUUUGGUCCGACAUGAAAACAAUCUGCAGUGUAAAACUAUAUUUAAACCUGCAUGUGUAGCUGCCUCACACUGCCAGCAUGUCUGUAUAAAAAGCUCAACUGAUCAGUUUUUAAGUGUGUAAGCUAGGCUUCAGUGCAAGGAAGCCAUCGGGUCUGUAGCUGUGUACAAAAGCCGCCUCACAGGGGCGCUAUAGUCUCUCAGCGUCAUGCUUUAUGUUGUUCUACAAAAGCCUCGUCAUUCAGAAAGUGCCUCAAGUGACAGAGAUGUAAGGUUUUAAAAUGCCACGACAGGAGAGAUCAGGCAAAAGAUAACAGUGUUUAUUUUCUGAAUUACUUUAAGAGUGUGCACAAUAAGAGAUAUUUACUGUUUCAUAUAAAGAAUUGUAUAUGUCUUGAAAUGUUAAAAUGUUUAUGUUCAGAAAUGUUUAAACUUUAUAAAGGUUUCUUUAAAAUGAA